GAAAGUACUUAAUCUGGACAGGAGAGAAAUGUAUUCUUUGCCUUUAUUGACCAGAACAGAUUAAUGCCUAAUUCAUAAAUUGAUCAAUAGGCAGUAUCACAGAAAAGUUGUAACACUGUAAGAACAAUUCCUCACUAAGUCUUGUGUUAGAGACGCUCACAUUCUUCUGCACUUAUUAUUGCAACAUGUAACUAUUGAAAUUACUUUCCAUGGCGUCAAAGUGAAUCUUGACUGACAAUGUGACUCAGACAGGGGACAGCACAAAUAUGUUGGUGUAAAUUAAGUAGAUAAUCAGAUAAAGUACAGUAUGCUGUGGUGGAUUUUUGUGGAAUAGACAGCUAUUGAGUACAGAGUGCCAUCUGCUGUUUAUAUACAGCAAGACAAGAUGUGCAUCUAAAAAGCAAGGACUUAAUAAUGAUAUACAGUCAGUUACAUUGAAAGAUAUAUGUGACAAUGUACAUUUUCUUACUUGGAUCUGAAUCAAUUAGCCUAGACAGCUAUACAGUCUCAUGCAACCAUGUAAAAUUAUUGGGGGUCAUAAUGAAGAGAUUACAUCUUGCAAAUAUAUCCAUGGUUGUCUUAAAUUCAGAGGAACAUUGAGCCAUUAUAAGUCUGUUAGUGCUUCAGUCAUAAACAUACACAAACAUCACCUCGGUGCUGUACUUCCAUUUACCUUCAGAUGGCAGUGUUGUCUUCUACAUCAUCACUGCUUGCAGGCCCAUACUGUAGAUUACCAGGCACACAGCAGCCUGGCAACAUCUGUGAAAGAGCUAGACUCAAACACUAAAAUGCACGAAAUGGAGAGCAGUUUGGUGCUCUUGAAGGAUAUAUCGAUCAAAAAAAGUGAAUGCCUUUAACUCUCAGGAGAAAGUGUCAGACAAAGCUGUGGCUAUACAAGAUAUUUUAUCCCUCAGCAGGGUUUAGUUGGAAAAAAGAAGCGUUGCAAUCUCCUGUAUCAGCCGCUGGUUGUUUCAGCACCAUAGACAGCGACUUUAGGCAGCGGCUCAUUGGUGCACGUUUUAGAAACGAAAUCAUGCCUUUUUUGUAAUUUAUCUGCAUUUUGAACUUUGUAAAUAGCAUUCAUGUAACAAGAACUCAAGUGAAGUUUAUGGAUUUUUCUCUGGCUGGUGCGUUAGUUUUUAUACAUUUAUAUUCAUUUUUACAAUGUCUCUCUCUUCUUUAUCAUAAACUGAUAUCAUGCAGCCAGUCAGUUUCUGAAGUCUCUUACACAAGGUAGGUUGAAGGACCAGCACAGUAAACCUGUGCCAUACUGUGGGGGGGUUUACUCUCUUCACUGGGCUACUACGAGUUGGAGAGAAGACGCAUGCGUACUGACUUGAAGCAGCCGGUCGGAAAAAAAAGCCUUAUGUGCCAUCGGAUGUAAUCAACGCAAAGAAUUACCUCUUCUCGCUGUGCAUACAUGGUGAAAUUCCCAUGGGAUCAGAGCGGAUGGAGAUGCGAAAGAGGCAGAUGUCGGUGCAGCAGGAGUCGGCAGCGGGGGGAACUGCACCGGCCCAGCAGGGCCAGCCGGGCCAAGCCAACCCACGGGGAUCAAAUGCAUGUUGCUUCUGCUGGUGCUGCUGCUGUAGCUGUUCCUGGAAUGAAGACAGGGAUGAUAGGAACCGAAAGGCAUCUUAUGACGUCAAGGAAGGGACCGCAGACUGUGAAGACUGUCCUAAGCCCACGUUGGAGGAGGUGCGCUCAUGGGGGCAAUCAUUUGACAAGCUGAUGUGUUGCCCAGCGGGGCGGAACUCCUUCCGACAGUUUCUUCGCACCGAAUUCAGUGAGGAGAACAUGCUUUUCUGGUUGGCCUGCGAGGAGUUCAGCAAAGAGACCAAUAAGAGUGUGAUAGAGGAGAAAGCUCGGGUCAUCUAUGAAGACUACAUCUCCAUUCUCUCGCCUAAAGAGGUGAGCCUUGACUCCCGCGUGCGUGAGGCCAUCAACAGGAACAUGCUGGAACCCAACUCGCACACGUUCGAUGAUGCCCAGCUGCAGAUCUAUACACUAAUGCAAAGAGACUCGUAUCCCCGCUACAUGAACUCCCCAGCCUACAAAAACCUGCUCAACACUCUGUCAGAGCAGUCCCCCGAAUCUUAGGGUGGUGAUGACCUGUGAUCUUUUAACUCUCUUUAUCUCCCCCCAUCCCUACCCUCUUUUUUAAAAAUUUUCUUUUUAUGUUCAGUGUAGGAUUACAUGAACCAGGCCUCAGGCCUGGCCCCUCCCAGGGAUCUCAGCGCUAUUGUGAUCUGCACCUGACCGAAGACACUCAGGUCUCAAAAUCUCCCGAGGGCUCGACAUCACAAGUACUGCUACAGAUCAACAUAGCAAAACACUCCAAAGGAAUAUGAAUACAUUUUUUCUGUUUUUUUCUUUCUUUUGAUAGAAAUAAUCUAUUUUAUUUGUGUUCAGAGUUUUUUAUGGUCUGUUGUUUUUUUGUAUGAUCGUUUGGGGGGAAAAUGAUUCCUACUGUAGACUAUAUAUUUAUGAGUUUGUAAAUAGUAAAAAUGGAAUUGUGGGUAUUUUAUGUGGAAACGCCUGGUUCUAUUUACUGCGUAUGAAAAUCAAAGCUCAAGUCAAAGGCUACACGUUAGCUCUACUUGCAGGCAGCUUUGUGGGGUACUGUAUGAUUUUACCUUGGUUUCACCCUGUUUUGUUACCUUACCUCACACUUUGGUACCUGUGACAGUGACUUGGCAACUCCAGUUCAUGUAGGCAUUGUGCGUGAUUGGAACUACUGUAAGUGUGGUUUUCAGUGAAGUAACAGAAAGUGGCAAUAGCUCUUGUCACGGUGUGCAAUUUGUUUCCUUAAGAAACUGAAAUCAAUGACGGAAGGGUAAUUUAACUUUCUUUACUCACAGAAGUUUGCCUACUUCAGACAAGAUUUUUUUUUUUUUAUUCAAGUGUUACUCACUGCACACCUCAUAGGUUAAGUAUAGUUUUACUAGUAUUACCUAUGUAAUUCUAUUUUACCAGUAAGUAUUUUUAUUUAUGUAUAUCUAUUGCCAAUACAAAAAACAGCAAGUACAAAUUAUAUUUAAGGACUGACAGAUUUAAGGAUUUAAGUAAACUAAAGGUCGCUAUCAGAAAAUGUUCAAAUUUGAGGAACACUUUAUUUUUUACGAAUCUGUAAUUUCCUAAUAUUUUUUGUUUCCUUGAAGGAACUAUGUAACUUUGUGCUAAUUAUAAGAUGAAACGAGAAUUUCCUUCCAUUUAAACUGAGGUAAAUAUUAAUUCAUCAAAAAUGAUUGGAAACAUAUAGGGGUAGUUUGGCAUUUUGGAAAUUAUUUUAUUAUGUUAAUUUUUUUGGAAGAACGA